AUGUCAUCAUUCUUGGAAUAUCUUGGCCUCGGUGGCUCUACGCCUGCCAGUAACGAUAACUCAGCAGUCCGGGCUUUGCCAGCCUCAUGGUACACCUCACAGGAGAUGUACGAGCUCGAGAGGCGGGCAAUCUUUUCCAGGAAAUGGAUGCUUGUUACCCACAAACUCAGACUCAAGCAGCCUGGCGACUAUCUGCGCUUUGAGACAGCAGGCUUCCAGUUUGUGCUGUGUAAGGACCGCGAGGGCAACAUCAAUGGAUUCCACAAUGUCUGCCGACAUCGAGCUUUCCCGGUGGUCACCGAGGAGAAGGGCCAAGCCAAGAUCUUUGCUUGUCUCUAUCACGGCUGGUCCUAUGGUCUCAACGGCAAGCUCGCCAAAGCCCCUGGCUAUCAAGACCUGCCCGAUUUCGACAAAAGUAAAAAUGGUCUCCUCCCUAUACACGUCUACAUUGACCAAAACGGUUUUAUCUGGGUCAACUUGGAUGGCAAAGACAAGCCAGAGAUUGCCUGGGCGGAUGAUUUUGAGGGUGUUGACAAGCUUCCAAGGUACGACGGGGUCAACUGGGAUGACUAUGAAUUCGACCACACCUGGGAAAUGGUUGGAGAACACAACUGGAAGAUUCUAGCCGACAACUAUAACGAAUGCUACCACUGCAAGACGGCCCAUCCUGACAUUCCGGCAAUUGCCGAUCUCAGCUCCUACUCAGUCAACACCGAGGGGAACUCCAUUCAACAUAACGUUGCCACCACCGCUGAGCAGGCGGCAGCUGGUCUAUCAGUUGCUCCUACCUACUUCUUCCCCAACACCUCUAUGACUAUCUCGCCACACUUCUUUUACAUGCAGAGGUUUGUCCCCAGUGGGCAUACGAGCUGCUCAAUGCAGUAUGAAGUUUACCGGAACAAGAACUCCGCCGAAGAGGAUUUCCAAAGGAUUAACCAACUCUAUAAGCGCGUCAUGACGGAAGACAAAUAUCUGUGUGACCUUGCACAGAAGAAUCUCGAUUCCGGAGUUUUUGUCAAUGGGGAGAUGCACCCAAAGAUGGAGAAGGGCUCUCUCUUUUUCCAGAAGACAGUCCGAGAAACCGUGCAGGCCCAUCACAAGCGCGAACAGGCGGCGAAGCAGGAGAUAUGGCCUGCUCGCCAGCAACUACCGAGCACUGCUCUAGUGAGCGGGAAAGACAUCAAGUUCUGCUCAGGACUGGCUUGUCAAACUAAUCAGGAGGGUUUGGCAUGGUGA